GAUCGAACAUAAUAUGUGACUUGUGAUCAAUAAAUCCUGGCUGAUUAGUAGACGGUGUAUUUGUCAGGAGACGUGUCAAGAACAGAAAUACAUGAAGCAAGGCUAUGAAGAAAUCUAUUAACAGAACCAAUUCUAACUCUGCAAAAGCAAGAAUUUCGUCAGAUUCCUGUAUGUUCUCAAAGGAGAUAGUAAACAUAAACCCCAAACCUUUCUCGUGUUCUGAAUGUGGAAAAUGUUUUAGACGUAAUUUGAAUUGUGUUGCACAUCAGAGAACCCACACAGGAGAGAAACCGUUCUCAUGUUCUGAAUGUGGAAAAUGUUUUAUCACUAAACCAGCGCUUGUCUGUCAUCAGAGAACUCACACAGGAGAGAAACCAUUCUCAUGUUCUGAAUGUGGAAAAUGUUUUGGGCAACAUGCAAAUCUUCUUAGACAUCAGAGAACACACACAGGAGUGAAACCGUUCUCAUGUUCUGAAUGUGAGAAAUGUUUUGGGCAACAUGCAAAUCUUCUUAGACAUCAGAGAACUCACACUGGAGAGAAACCAUUCUCAUGUUCUGAAUGUGGAAAAUGUUUUAACACUAAAGCAGUGUUUGACUGUCAUCAGAGAACUCACACAGGAGAGAAACCAUUCUCAUGUUCUGAAUGUGGAAAAUGUUUUGGGCAACAUGCAAAUCUUCUUAGACAUCAGAGAACACACACAGGAGUGAAACCGUUCUCAUGUUCUGAAUGUGAGAAAUGUUUUGCCGGGAAAGGAGAGCUUGCCCUUCAUCAGAGAACUCACACUGGAGAGAAACCAUUCUCAUGUUCUGAAUGUGGAAAAUGUUUUAUCACAAAUGAAAGGCUUGUCCGUCAUCAGAGAAUUCACACAGGAGAGAAACCGUUCUCAUGUUCUGAAUGUGAAAAAUGUUUUGGGCAACAUUCAAAUCUUGUCAGUCAUCAAAGAACACACACACGAGAAAAAACAUUCUCAUGUUCUGAAUGUGGAAAAUGUUUUUACACAAAUGCAGAGCUAGCUUGUCAUCAAAGAACACACACAGGAGAGAAACCAUUCUCAUGUUCUGAAUGUGGAAAAUGUUUUAAUACAAAUGCAGAGCUUGUCCGUCAUCAGAGAAUUCACACAGGAGAGAAACCAUUCUCAUGUUCUGAAUGUGGAAAAUGUUUUAUCACAAAUGAAAGGCUUGUCAGUCAUCAGAGAACUCACACAGGAGAGAAACCAUUCUCAUGUUCUGAAUGUGAAAAAUGUUUUAUCACAAAUGAAAGGCUUGUCAGUCAUCAGAGAACUCACACAGGAGAGAAACCAUUCUCAUGUUCUGAAUGUGAAAAAUGUUUUGGGACAAACGCAAAUCUUGUCUGUCAUCAGAGAACACACACAGGAGAGAAACCGUUCACAUGUUCUGAAUGUGAAAAAUGUUUUGGGACAAACGCAAAUCUUGUCUGUCAUCAGAGAACACACACAGGAGAGAAACCGUUCACAUGUUCUGAAUGUGAAAAAUGUUUUGGGACAAACGCAAAUCUUGUCAGUCAUCAAAGAACACACACACGAGAAAAAUCAUUCUGAAUGUGGGAAAUGUUUUGGGCAACAUUAAAAUCUUGUCCGACAUCAGAGAACUCACACAAGUGCGGUGAUUUUAUAAUGCAUCUAUGGAUUAAUAUAGAAAUAAAAUCUUGAAUUGUGA